UUCAAUUGUAAAACAUUCGACGUUCAUCGAAUCAUCGAUGUAGCGCACAUUUUAGCCAAUUCUUUCUGAUGAAAAUGCGGCUUUUAACGCAUAACAUGCUAAAAUCUCAUGUCAAAGGCGUGAAGAAUGGAUAUCCUUUGACCAUAGAGGUUGUUAAUGUUGUUGUAAAUGAAGUGGACUUCAAUCCUGACUUCAUCUCUCGCAUGAUUCCUAAACUGGAAUGGAGUGCUCUAGUCCAGGCAGCACAACAAGUUGGACGGUCUGAGGGUCUGCCAGAUGAAUUAAUCCCAGACUAUGAAAAAGAUGAAGAAUUUCUUAAAAAAGCUCAUCAUGUUUUGCUAGAGGUUGAAGUGGAAGAAGGAUCACUGGUCUGUCCAGAAUCAGGCAAAAAAUUUCCAAUCAAAAAUGGAAUCCCCAACAUGCUAUUAAAUGAAGAUGAAGUUUGAAUUUUUCCUAAGCUGGAACUGUUUUGCAGAUUUAAUGAGUGCAUGUACAGUGAAUUGACCAUCAUAAGCUGUGCCAUAAGAAGCCUUCGGCUUUACUUGUAUCAACAUCAGUACAAUGGUAACUGGUAUGACGGGUGACUUGGGCUGUGAGCAGCAGGAUGUGGCUGGGGAUACAAUGGAAGUUUAUUCUCAGCUGGACAGCAGUUUAAUUCACGCUCAUGUCUGUACUCUUGUGAAGCUGUGCAACUAUUGAACAACAGUUGCACUGAAUCUGUUAUUUUUAAUGACUCUUGAAUGUCAUAGUGUAUACAGUAGGGUACAUGUACAUAUAUGUAAAAUAAUACAUAUCAAUGCCCAGAGGGACAGAACAAGAGUGCUGUGAUGCUCAUCAGAAAUUUUUCAACAAUUACAUUGCUUUUAGUAAGAAUAGAAAUGUGUAGUUCCAGAAAAUAUCCAUACCUCCCCCACAGAAGGGAUUUUUUUCAGAGAACCCCACCCCUCUGGAAAUUCCAAUCAAACUUCCUGCGUUUCUUAAGUUUUUCAGUCUUACAGAAGUUACUCCCUCCCCCCUCAGGAAAUUCCAAUCUUUUCUGCGAGGGAAGUAUGAAUAUAUUCUCGAACCGUACAAUACCGGUACAUAUACAUGUAAAUAACUUCCCUAGUGAAGCAACCAUCAGACAGCAUCAGCAGAUGCUUGCCAGAGCUCUGGUAAGUGUCAGGUCUUUUUGAAAGCACUGCUGCAAUGCAUCCUGAAGAAGAAAAUGUACUGUGUACAUGACUAGCCACUGAAGAGGCUCACUAAGGAGCCAAUCCACUAUAGGCAAAUUUUGGUUUAUUUUGCAAAAACCAUACCAAGCUUCAAAAACAUUGUCACCCUACCUCACAGCAGGCCAACUUUUUGCCAAGCAUCAAAACUGGCAGAUCUGUCGAUUUAUUGUCAAUUUAUUUUAAGGACAACAUUGAUGAAGCCGUUUCACAGUGAACAGAAGGAGUCAAAUAUUUCUGUAUUGUGGUUUGCAAAUAUUUUUAGGCAAUUUUUGUCAUGAUGUUUGGUAGAGCUGAACAAAUUUGUCAGCCUGGUGCAGAAGGACCCUUAGUGAAAUGGUUGAAAAAAAAUAAGAGCCCCUCCUACCUAAUGACUAUUUUCACCUUGUUUCACUUAAGAGAAUGUUGUUAUUGGUUAACUCAAUAGGAUCAUUGAUGUAUCAGAAGUCAUGAAUAUUCUCUGGUCCUUUAUCAUAUGUUACCUGGUACUGUGUCAUGUAAACGUUUUUGUAUGAGGAAUUUUUUGCUGGAAAUAUGCCAAUAAAUGGUUUAGAAGAUA